AUGACAUUCGCUUAUGGACCAUUACCACCCUUAGAAACAAUAAUAAUCAUAGUCGUUAUUUCAGUAAUAACGUUAAUAAUAGGUGUCGUAGCAAUAGGUAUUACAUUAUCUAUGUUUCGGCGACACAAUGUAAAAAAUUCAAAUGCAUUCGAAGCCACUACUAUUGAUAUUGAACAACAACCGAGAGAAGAUUUCGUAGAAUCAGGAUUUCUAGAGGAACCAAGUACAUUGGAGUUGGAACAAGAAAAUAUUAUAGUACCAAAUCAUGAUUUAAUUAUUUUACAACAUAAAAAUCAAGCAAAUAAUAAUAAUUAUAAAUUACCGGAAAGAAGCAAUUUUGACAUUAAUUUUGAUGAAAUUGGGGAGAAUAGUAAUGCUGUUUAUUUAAAAAAAAUAAAACUUUAG